UUGGAGAAGAAAUGAGAAGGGUUGGGGUUGCCAUAGUGGCGGUGGAGGGGCAGCGGCGAGAGGAAAGAAACCCGGAAGAGCAAAGGAUUGUGGGUAAACAUCCACCAUGAAUUUUGAAGGCUUAGACCCAGCCCUUGCAGAGUAUGUACCUGCCCUCCAUCCUGCCCUGGAUCCCCACCUCAACCCUAGCCUGCUACAGAAUGUGGAGCUGGAUCCUGACGGGGUGCCAUUGGAGGGCAUCCCUGUGCCUGACUCAGUGCACAUUAUGGAGGGCAUGUACUCUGAGCUCCACACGGUUGUCUCUGAAGUGGGUGUGCCUGUCUCCUUCUCACACUUUGACCUACAUGAAGAAAUGCUCUGGGUUGGAAACCACGGGGGUCAUGCCACCUCUUUCUUUGGCCCAGCCCUGGAACGUUACUCCUCCUUCCAGGUGCACAGCAGUGAUGACAUUCGGCAGAUCCAGAGCCUGGAGAAUGGGGUGCUCUUCCUGACCAAAAACAACCUGAAAUACAUGUCCCGAGGGGGGCUCAUAAUCUUUGAUUACCUCAUGGAUGAGAGUGAGGACAUGCACAGCCUUCUGCUGACUGAUCCCAGCACUUUGCUCGUUGGGGGACUCACCAGCCAUGUAAUAGAGAUAGACCUCAACACAGUGCAAGAAACUCAGAAGUAUACGGUGGAAGUACCUGGAGUCACUAUCAUGAGACAGUCGAACCGUUUCUUCUUCUGUGGCCACACAUCAGGAAAGGUGUCCUUGCGUGACCUCCGCACCUUUGCAGUGGAGCAUGAGUUUGAUGCCUACUCAGGGAGCCUUUCAGAUUUUGACGUCCAUGGCAACCUGCUGGUCACGUGUGGCUUCUCCAGCCGGAUGAACGGACUGGCCUGCGAUCGUUUCCUCAAGGUGUACGACCUGCGCAUGCUGCGAGCCAUCACACCUCUGCAGGUUCACAUUGACCCUCUCUUUCUGAAGUUCAUUCCUACCUACACAUCUCGUCUGGCCAUCAUUUCCCAGACAGGUCAAUGUCAGUUCUGUGAACCCACUGGAUUGGCCAACCCUGCUGACAUUUUCCAUGUCAAUACAGUGGGCCAGCUGAUCAUGAGCUUUGAUGUGUCGGCCAGCAAACAAGCCAUGGUGUUUGGGGACUCAGAGGGCUGUGUCCACCUGUGGGCAGAUUCGCCUGAGAUCACCUUCAAUGCCUACUCCCGGGAGACUGACUUUGCCUUGCCUUGCAUUGUGGAUACCUUACCCCACCUUGACUGGAACCAAGAUCUCAUGCCCUUGUCGCUUAUCCCUGUGCCGCUGACCACUGAGUCACUGUUGUCAGACUGGCCAGCUGCCAGCUCUGUCCCUGCACCCAGAAGAGCCCCACCUGUUGACCCAGAGAUCCUGCGUACCAUGAAGAAAGUUGGUUUCAUUGGCUAUGCUCCAAACCCAAGGACCAAGCUCCGGAAUCAGAUUCCCUAUCGACUGAAGGAGCUUGACAAUGAGUUUGACAAUUUCAGCCAGGUCCCUGAGUCCCCCAUCGGACGGGAAGAGGAGCCACAUAUCUACAUGGUGGCAAAGAAGUACAGGAAGGUAACAAUUAAAUAUUCCAAACUAGGCCUGGAGGACUUUGACUUCAAGCAUUACAACAAGACCCUCUUUGCUGGCCUGGAGCCCCACAUUCCAAAUGCUUACUGCAACUGCAUGAUCCAGGUCCUCUAUUUUUUAGAGCCUGUGCGCUGCUUGGUCCAGAACCAUUUGUGCCAGAAAGAGUUCUGCCUGAGCUGCGAGCUGGGCUUCUUAUUCCACAUGCUGGACUUGUCCAGGGGAGACCCUUGUCAGGGCAGUAACUUCCUGCGUGCCUUCCGCACCAUCCCGGAGGCAGCUGCUUUGGGACUGAUCUUGGCUGAUUCGGAUGAGGCUACAGGAAAAGUGAAUUUAGGCCGGUUGAUUCAGAGUUGGAACCGCUUCAUUCUGACCCAGCUCCAUCAGGAAACUCAAGAGCAAGAGGGCCCUCAGGCGUACCGGGGCAUUGGCAGCAGCAACUUUGGAUCUUCGGGGGACUCCGUCAUUGGGCAGCUUUUCAGCUGUGAAGUGGAGAAUUGCAGCAUGUGUCGCUGUGGCAAAGAGACAGUCCGAGUAUCUUCCACACUCCUUUUUACUCUGUCCUACCCCGAGAGUAAUGGUAUGGCGUUCACAGAUAAAAUCAAGGAUUAUGAAUUCGCUCAGAUCUUAAAGAGAAGCAUCUGUCUGGAGCAGAACACCCAGGCCUGGUGUGAGAACUGCGAGAAAUACCAACCCACGGUCCAGACCCGCAAUAUCCGCUGCCUGCCUGAUGUUUUGGUCAUUAACUGUGAAGUGAACAGCUCCAAGGAGGCGGAAUUCUGGAAGAUGCAGGCAGAGUAUGCCUUUAAGAAGAUGAUGAUGAAGAAGGGUGGCUUGGAGCUCCCCAAGGGUAGAGAAAUACCUCUUGGGGAAUGGAAUGAAUUAGGGAUGGCAGAAGGUGGGCACUCUUACACCUCCAUCGAAGAGUUGAAGAACAUCUGGAUUCCAUAUUCCAUCAAGAUGAAGCUCUCCAAGAACAAAGAGCUGGAGGUUUACAACUGGGAUGAAAGCACGGAGCUGAGCGUGUUGGACGAUCAGGAGUCAACAUACGUCUACGACCUUAUGUCAACCGUUGUGCACAUUCUGGACUCCCGGACUGGGGGCAGCCUGGUGGGACACAUCAAAGUGGGGGAGACUUACCACCAAAGGAAGGAGGGUGUCACACAUCAGCAGUGGUACCUUUUCAAUGACUUUCUCAUUGAGCCCGUGGAUAAGUGUGAGGCUGUGCAAUUUGACAUGAGCUGGAAGGUGCCAGGUAUCCUUUAUUAUGUGCGCAGGAGCCUCCACUCCAAGUACAACUUAAACAUUAAGAACCCCAUCGAAGCCAGCGUGCUGCUCGCUGAGGCCUCCCUCGCCCGCAAACAGCGCAAAUGCCACGCCACUUUCAUCCCGUUGAUGCUGAGUGAGAUGCCCCAGGCUGGAGACCUGGUGGGACUUGAUGCCGAGUUUGUCACCCUCAACGAGGAGGAGGCUGAGCUUCGCAGCGAUGGGACCAAAUCCACCAUCAAGCCCAGCCAGAUGUCGGUGGCCAGGAUCACAUGCGUUAGGGGGCAGGGUCCCAAUGAAGGUGUUCCCUUCAUCGAUGAUUACAUCUCCACGCAAGAACAGGUAGUGGAUUACCUCACUCAGUACUCGGGAAUAAAGCCAGGGGAUCUGGAUGCCAAAAUCUCCUCCAAACACCUCACCACCCUCAAGUCCACCUACCUGAAGCUACGCUUCCUCAUUGAUGUUGGGGUCAAGUUUGUGGGCCACGGAUUGCAGAAAGACUUCCGGGUCAUCAACAUCAUGGUUCCCCGGGACCAGGUCAUUGACACUGUGUACUUGUUCCAUAUGCCCAGGAAGAGGAUGAUCUCGCUGCGCUUCCUUGCCUGGUAUUUUUUGGACCUGAAGAUCCAAGGGGAGACACAUGACAGCAUUGAAGAUGCACGCACAGCCCUCCAGCUGUACAGGAAGUACAUGGAACUGAGCCACGGUGGCUUGGAGCCUGAGGAAUUCCGCAAGGUGCUGAAAGGCCUGUACGAGAAAGGGAGGAAGAUGGACUGGAAGGUGCCUGAGCCUGAUGGCCAAAGCAGCCCCAAGAGUGCUGCUGUGUUCUCAACCGUGCUGUCUCUCUGACCCAAGAGACCUCAUCACAGCCGAUAUCACUUCCGCGCUCUGUUCAGGAGAGGAUUAUCCAAAACGUAUUCCCUGAGAGGUGGAUAUUAUAGAACAUGGAUUAAAAUACGCACGUCUGUGGGAAGGAAAGACACUCCACAUGUUUCUCCAAGGCCAAGGAACUUCUGCUGGGGUGCAUCUGCCCCUGGUUUCCUGAUGAAUCCCAGACCGAAUCUUAAAUAACUAGGAACAAGAGAGUGCACGAUCCGACACCUUUGCAAGCCACAUGGGGGCACAGUUACACUGAAAGAGAUGCUCUUUGGGUUGGGAUGCUGAACAUGUGCACUGCGCAAGGGCGGGAUUGCGCAUCAGGCCCUGCAGUGCACUCCGUGACAGGCUAGUAUACAUUUUAUGCAAAGGUGGUGGGGGGGGGGGCUGCAGCAGAGUGAAACGCUCAGAGAUCUUCCCGUUCUAUAUCCAUCAGUGUUGUUACCAUAGUUGAGCAGGCUGAGCUUGUAGGAGGCACCUAUUUUAUCUUUUGGUCUGCUUUUGCUCCAGAAACAAUCUAGAGCUGGACUCUACUGCCAUGGAGGCUUCAUGGCUUUUUAACUCUUUUGUCCUUUUCUGGAUGUGAAUCAUCGUGCAUCAGUCUCUGAAACAUAAUCAAGCUGUAAAAACAUCGCUAGUGCUUCAGGCAGUCCUUUGCAAUCCUGCCUUUUCUUUGCUUCCUUUGUGUUCGAGUCAUCCUUGAUCCCACAUAAAUAUAAAUGGGAUGUCAUUAUUGUGUAUAUCCCCCUGUUUUAUUUCUACUGAAACUGAG